AUGAACACUAUAUUAGACAAUGCAAUAACUCUUAAUGAUAAAAUCAAAAUACUUGAAAACAAUAAAAAUAAUACUAAAAACCUUGAUCUUUAAGCUAUUUAUAAACACAUUCACAAUUUUAAAUAAGAUUCUGAUUUAUUACUUGAACAUGCUUUAAAAAUUAAUUUUGGAAAUAUUUUCAAAAUUCAAGUUCAAAAUCUUGAAAAUGAAGCUAUAUAAAUAUUUAAAAAGGCAUGUGAAUCUGCUAGAGAUUUAAAUCACAUAUACUUAUAUGUUAAAUAUAUUUAGCAAAUUAGUCGAUAGGAUAUAUAAAAAGCUUACUUAAAAGAAUUGGGAUUUUAGACAGAGAAACUCAUUACAGAAUUUAGAUAAAAUGGAACUAUUAUUUAACAAUUACGUUUAGAUAAAAAUGACAUAACUAAAUAGAGAUCUAUAAUUCAAAUGAUUUCAACAUUAUGUCCAUUAGACUUAGGAUUUAAUCCAGAAUUAUUCUCCUUAAUGUUAAUUCCAUUUAAAUGUCUUCAAAAGGCUGAUUUAAUUGAUAUUUCCUUAUUAGAAAGAUUGGCAGAUGUUUUAUUAUCUUAAUGUUAUGGUUAAGGGAGUGCAAAUCAAAAUUAAGUUCAUGAUUGGUUAGCUCUUUUGACUGGUAUUAUUUAAUAUGCUUAUGAAGGAAAUUCUAUUGGAUUAUUUAUAUUAUUACGUAAAGUAUUUUUUUUUUUAAUUUAUAGAUAUCACAAAAAAAUAUUAUUGAAUUACUUGAGAAAUAUAAAAGUUAUAUGCUUCUAAAUUAUUUUAAUAAUUCAUAAGUGACACUUAAAAUAUUUCAAGGAUUAACUUUUUAUUCAAUUACUUAAUAGAGUAUAAUCUUUAUUAGAAUAAUAAGUUAAUAUCUUUAUGAAUAUGCAAUUGAAUUAAGAAGUAAAUAAUAUUCAGACAUUCUUAAAUAUAUUUACAAAGAAUUCAUUUUAACUUCUCUUUUAGGAAAUAUCUAAAUGGUUAAUCAUAGUACAGAAUUAAUUGAUCUACUAUAAUUUUAUAUUGUUGGUAUGUCAUCAAUUGAUUAAGAACCUUUAAAAAAAUCUUUGGAUUUAUUAUACAACAGGUUGAAAUUAAUAUCAAAUUCUAAAGUAUUUUAAAAGGAAUUUGUUAGCUAAAGAUAUUAUUUCUUAGUAAAUAUUGCAAAAUAUUAUGAUGGUUUAAAUAUGGAUGAUGACUUUUUAAAUAUCAUAAAAAUCUAUUAAUAAAAAGAUUCGAUAUAAAAAAGUGAAAAGUAUAAUUAAUGGAAUUUUUCACAAUUUUAAGAAUUUGAGAGUUAUAUAGAUUAAAAUAUCUUAUAAAGAGAUUCAAAAGAUUUUGUUGGUCUUGAAAAUCUUACUAAUACUUGUUUUAUGAAUAGUAUAUUAUAAAGUUUAUAUAUGACAUAAUCUUUUAGAAAGUUUGUAAUUCAAUUAAAAUUUACAGAUUAAUCAUUAUAAUUGAUUCCUCAUGCAUCAAAAUUAAGUAGUCUUUAAAAAUUAUUUUUAUUAUUGACUUAUUAAAAAAAAGGAUAUUGUUCUCCUUAUGAAUUAAAAAGAUAAUUAAGAGAACCUUAUAGUAAUACAAAUGAUUAAUAAGAUGUAAGUGAAUUUGUACAUCAUUUUCUUGAAGAUCUAUUAGAAUUAUUGCCAAAACAUUUAUAAAUACCAUUAGAGAAGAUUUUCUUUGGGUAUCAUAGAUCAUGUAUUGAAUGUUUUAAUUGUCCUAAAAGAUAACCAACAUAUCGUCCUAAAGAAAAGUUUUUGGGAAUAGAUUUACAUUUUAAUGAAGAAGAAGAAGAUAAUUAAGAUCUUUAUGAUAUGAUUAGAAAAGCAUAUGAAAAAGAAUAAAUAGAAUAUACUUGUGAUAGAUGCAAUUAAAAAACUAAUUAAGUUUAUAAAUCUUAAUAACUGAUUUAAUUACCAUCUGUCUUAUUUAUGAUAGUGCAUCGGUAUAUUUAAUAUCAUAUUUAAGUUUCACAUUUGAUUCUACUACAUUAACAAUGAAAAAAAUGUUAACAAAAGUACCAUUUAGAUUUCAAAUUGAUUUUAGACAUAUCUUUAAUAAAUAAAAAUUAAAUAGUAGAGAUUGUAUCUAUGAUCUUUAUGCAUUUAUUAUCCAUCUGGUAUGAUUAUAUAAUAUCAUAAUAAAAUAGGGUAAAAAUAGUAACUCUGGACAUUACAUUUGUUAUGCUAGAUAACUUGAUAAACCAGAUGUUUGGGUAACUUUUGAUGAUACGAUGAUAACAAAUUUAGAAUAUAAUAGUGAUCAACUUGAUAAAGAACUUAUGUAAUUGAUAUAUAAUAUUUAUGAUAGAGAAGAAGAGACACCCUAUUUAUUGUUUUAUCAAAAUUAAUCAGGUUAACCUUUAAUUUUAAAUAAUUGA